CCUUUGCAGGUGCCGCUGCCCUGCCGCCACCGCGGGUCCCGGACGUGCUGCGUGGUGUCGCUGCGCUGGAGGAGGUUGCUGCCCGGAACCCCAACGAUGACCGCCUUGGCGCCGCACGCAACGCCCAGACUGCGGCGGAUGUGGUUGGAAUCUGGCGAGGCGCCAGACGCACUGCCACUCGCGCUGCCCACUGUGUUGCGGGGCGCCUCGAGCGGCUGCCUGCCAGUGCACUCCCUGGACGCUCCCUGCUCCCGCUGCCCGACAGUGCUCCCCGCAUUGCUGCCAAGAGUGCCUUUUGCGUGGACGGGUUUGGUCCACGCGGUCCCCUGCUGUCCCAGCCGCAGUCCUCGGACAGCCACGGCGCGCAUCACAGUGGCAGCCAAUCCAGAGCAGCUCAGGACGUGCCAGACUCCGGGGAAACGAGUUCCAGUGACGUGACGGUUGUGGAAUUGAAAGUGGAAGCCGAGCAGCGGAAAGGCUCUGGCGAUGCGGCCUUUCUUUGGAACGCUGCAACGAUGAAGUCUGAGGAAGGAGCGGGCGAGCACGAGGAAGCCAGGGAUCCGCUGGCCGCUGCGGAAGCCGUGCCGUCUGUCCAGGAGUGUCUUCAGAGCCUCGACAGCCCUAGUGCCUCUCCACCCAGUUUGCCACUUUCCCAGCUGCAGCGGGACCUGCACACACAGCACGGCGCGGCCUGCCGAGGUGGCGACUCGGAAAGCGACGUCCAGGGCGUGGCUGCGGACGAGGCCCAGCAGCUCCUCAUCGCCGAGACCUUCUCGCUGGCAGUGCCGGCUGGCGACGCAGUCCCGGUGGAGCAGGCCUCGCGCAGGGAGGCAGGCAGGAAGGCGCGCCGCGGCUUCAAGUGUGGAGAGUGCGGCGAGUGUUUCGGUGCGGAGGCGGCAUUGAGGCGGCAUCUGGCGAGGCACGCCAAGGGCGGGCCGCACUCGUGCGGGCUGUGCGGCAAGGGGUUCAGUAGUGCAAAGGAUCUUGUCAGGCACGAGAGGACCCACACCGGGGAGAAGCCCUACCACUGUGAAGAGUGCGGAAAGAAGUUCUCUCGGUCAAGUCACCUUCAAGUUCACAGGAGAAUCCACACCGGGGAGAAGCCUUACCAGUGUGAAGACUGCGGGAAGAAGUUCUUUCAGUCACAUCAUCUUCAAGUUCACAGAAGGAUCCACACCGGGGAAAAACCGUUUCAGUGUGAAGAAUGCGGAAAGAAGUUCUUUCAUUCACACCAUCUUCAAGUUCACAGAAGGAUCCACACAGGGGAAAAACCAUACCAGUGUGAAGAGUGCGGAAAGAAGUUCUCUGACUCAAGUUCUCUUCAAGUUCACAAGAGGAUCCACUCUGGGGAGAAACCCUACCAGUGUGAAGAGUGCGGAAAGAAGUUCUCAAAGUCAAAUAGUCUUGAUGUGCACAGGAGGAUCCACACCGGCGAGAAGCCCUACCAGUGUGACGAGUGCGGAAAGAAGUUCUCUGACUCAAGUACUCUUCGAGUUCACAAGAGGAUCCACUCUGGGGAGAAACCCUACCACUGUGAAGAGUGCCGAAAGAAGUUUUCUGACUCAAGUGCUCUUCGAGUUCACACGAGAAUCCACACUGGGGAGAAACCCUUCGAGUGUGACGUGUGCGGAAGUAAGUUUGCCAGGUCAGAUAAGCUUCAAAGGCACGAACUUAUUCACACUGGUGAGAAACACCACGAGUGUGACAAGUGCGGGAAAAAGUUUUCCAGAUCAGACAAGCUUCAAAGUCACAUGAUAAUUCACACAGGGGAGAAGCCCAACAAGUAAAAGCAAGGUAUUUGACAUUGGGUGAGCUCAAGAAGCUUAACAGUUUUAACUCUUGCUACACAUUGACAAACAUGGCUGAUCCUGAACGUUAUGUGAUUGUCAGUAUUUUUUAGCCGCGUUUUGGCCAAAUUGUCUGUUUAUGUAGAGUCCUUUCGUGCCACCCUUUGCAUCUUUGUGUUCAAUCGCCCUUCUUGCUGUCUUUUGCAUAUUAUUUUAUGUGCUGCUUUUUUGCACAGUUAUAGCGCUUUCAUUGCUUAUCCAAAAGAUGAUAUGUAGUAAAGUUUUGUCAAAUUUACGCGCCUUGUUGCCAAUUUAGCUACAUGGAAUCCUUAAUUCAGUUUAAGAAGCGUGAUAUUGCAGUUAUUUAUGCGUUUUGUUUUUCACGGUGCACACAGAGUUUAGGACACGCUUAGGUUCUUCUUUCAAUGUACUUUGUGCAAGUAUUCUUUUGUUUGUCUUAUUUCGAAUAAAGUUUUCU